AUGCCGGGCGGCCGCCGGGGGCUCGUGGCCCCGCAGAACACCUUCCUCGAGAACAUCAUCCGGCGCUCCUCCUCGCAGCCAGACAGCAGCUUUCUGUUGGCCAACGCACAGAUUGUGGACUAUCCGAUCGUGUACUGUAACGAGACUUUCUGCAAGAUGAGCGGCUACAACCGAGCGGAGGUCAUGCAGAAAUCAUGCAGGUGCACGUGGAUGUACGGCGAGCUGACGGAGAAGGAGGCGGUGGAGCGAGUGGACCGCGCCCUCGACCAUCACCUCGCUGACCAGUUUGAAAUCCUGCUGUACAAGAAGAACCGCACGCCGCUAUGGCUGCUGGUCCACGUGGCGCCCAUCCGCAACGAGCGCGAGCUGGUGGUGCUGUUCCUGCUCACGUUCCGGGACAUCACGGCACUCAAGCAGCCGAUCGACGCAGACGACCCCAAAGGAGGGCUGUCCAAGUUCGCGAAGCUGGCGCGCUCGGUGACGCGGUCGCGGUCCGUGCUGGUGUCGGCGCUGCCGGCGCUGAAGGAGCCGCAGCGCGCGAGCCACCUGGCGCAUGUGAUGUCGCUGUCGGGCGACGUUCUGCCGCAGUACCGGCAGGAGGCGCCCAAGACGCCGCCGCACAUCCUGCUCCACUACUGCGCAUUCAAGGCCAUCUGGGAUUGGAUCAUCCUCUGCCUCACCUUCUAUACGGCCAUCAUGGUGCCCUACAACGUGGCCUUCAAGAACAAGACGAGCGAAGACGUGUCGCUGCUGGUGAUCGACUCCAUCGUGGACGUCGUCUUCUUCAUCGACAUAGUGCUAAACUUCCACACCACCUUCGUGGGCCCCGGCGGCGAGGUGGUCAGCGACCCGAAGGUCAUCCGUAAGAAUUACUUCAAGUCGUGGUUCCUGAUCGACCUGCUGUCGUGUCUUCCGUACGACGUGUUCAACGCGUUCGACCACGACGAGGACGGUAUCGGCAGCCUGUUCAGCGCGCUGAAGGUGGUGCGCCUGCUCCGCCUGGGCCGCGUGGUGCGCAAGUUGGACCGGUACCUGGAGUACGGCGCCGCCAUGUUGAUCCUGUUGCUCUGCUUCUACAUGCUGGUGGCGCACUGGCUCGCCUGCGUCUGGUACAGCAUCGGCCGCUCCGAUGCCGACUCGGGCCUGCAGUACUCGUGGCUGUGGAAGCUCGCCAACGUGACUCAGAGCCCGUACUCGUACGUGUGGUCCAACGAAUCCGACGGGCCCGAACUCGUCAACGGCCCGUCGCGCAAGACCAUGUACGUGACCGCGCUCUACUUCACCAUGACCUGCAUGACCUCCGUGGGCUUCGGCAACGUCGCCGCCGAGACCGAUAACGAGAAGAUCUUCACCAUCUGCAUGAUGAUAGUGGCAGCCCUGCUGUACGCCACCAUAUUCGGCCACGUCACCACCAUCAUCCAGCAGAUGACCUCCGCCACGGCCAAGUACCACGACAUGCUGAACAACGUGCGCGAGUUCAUGAAGCUGCACGAGGUGCCCAAGGCGCUGAGCGAGCGCGUCAUGGACUACGUGGUGUCCACGUGGGCCAUGACCAAGGGACUGGACACCGACAAGGUGCUGAACUACUGCCCCAAGGACAUGAAGGCGGACAUCUGCGUGCACCUGAACCGCAAGGUGUUCAACGAGCACCCCGCGUUCCGCCUGGCGUCGGACGGCUGCCUGCGCGCGCUGGCCAUGCACUUCCAGAUGUCGCACUCGGCGCCCGGCGACCUGCUGUACCACACGGGCGAGUCCAUCGACUCGCUCUGCUUCAUCGUCACGGGCAGCCUCGAGGUCAUCCAGGACGAUGAGGUCGUCGCUAUUCUCGGUAUGUGUAGUCCCGUCUUCCGCUUUACCUAUCCCGAGUUACCUGGACUCGGCUUCGAUAUACAAGGUGUUUGGCGCAUGGACGGACACAAUUUUUUUAGGGAUUUGAGAGGACACUGGCUACCAUUUACCCAUAAACUGUUCGUCUCAAAUGUCACAGUUAGCAGACACGGGAUCCACACGAGUCGCAAUUAUUUUUUAUAA